AUGGCAGAUAGGAACAACAAAGGUGAUGCAGGUGAACAGAGAGAACGUCGUACCUUCGAAGAUGACGGUCGGUUCCAAAGGAAUCCAGAUGAUGACCAUGAGCAGAGGGAGACUCGCCGUCAGUUCAGAGAUGAAGAUCGAUUUCGCCAAGAAGAAGACCUCGCGAAUUUAGAUGUGAGAGCAGCAUAUGGUAUGGUAGAACACAUUGAAAAACAAAGGAGUGUACAGCUGAUUUACACAAGCUCUCAUGAUCACAGUGCAAUGAUGACUCAAGGUUCCAUGAUCACUGCUUCUCCGGGAACACAUGCACAACAGGGGACUAGUGUUCCUGGUAGUAACAAGGGUCCAAAGAAGUUUGGUGGCAUGAAGAAUAUGGCACACAUGGCAAAUACUCCUCUAGAAUUGAUCUCUCUGAAUAACAGCAGCAAUGUUAGGUAUAAUGGCUCAGGGUCUAUGAUAGUUCCAAGCACUGCAAGUAUGGGUUAUAAUGGAUAUGCUGGUUCAGGUGCUAAGAUGAUUCCUCCACAACAUCAGGGACCAGAGAACUUACAAGCCAUAAUGUUAAGUCUCAAUUACCAGCAGCAGGAAAUGAGUAGGAUUGCAAACGUAAAAGGAGUUCAGACUGAUAGCAGUGGCCAGCUUGUCAACUUUGCUCACUACGCAGAUUUCGUAGGUAAGAACUAUGAUCUCAUUCUAGGUACGGUUGAUAUGAUCAAACCUGGUAGUUGGUUUAUGGACUCUGGUGCAACUGGCUUUAUGACUAAUGAUUUAGAACUUUUAAAUUCUUAUAAUCCUGUAUCUCAUACUACACCGGUAUAUCUACCUGAUGGAAGUGUGAAAUACGUAAAACACAUAGGAGAUGUAACCUUUCAAAUACCUUAA